GCCGGAGCUUCCCACGGACGACUGUGCUGCUCGUGAUCAAGGGCAGUCAGGCACUUGCAGUCACACGUCCGGUGGUACGAUGUGCACGCCCUGAGGCUUACUAUGUACAUAUGAUGAAGCGCCUGGCCCUGCGCGUGGAUGCACAGACGGCGGAGUCGCUGCUGAUGCAGGCUCCAAAGGACCCAGAGAAGGAGACCCGGGCAAACAAGGCAGUGAAGUCCGUGCGGCGGCGCAAGCGACGCCCAUUUGAGAUCUGCCUGCCUCUCAUGGACGAGGCCGCGAGGCUGGUGCUCCACACCGAGGAGCUGGCUCGUACAGGUGCGAGAGUCACCUGCUUGAGCCUGUUGAAGAUCGACAACCUCCGCGUAAGAGAAGCAGCCAUGGAGGCCUUCAACGGAGAGAUGCUGCCCUGCCUGGUGGACGGCCUGCAGUCCGCUUGGGCAGCAGUGGCAGCAGCCGUGCGCGGCAAAAACGCCUCAGCCCUCCGGUCUGCGUUGAGCAAGGAGGAGGACAUCUUGGACUUUGUGGCUGAGCUCCUUAAGCUGGGGCUACCUUGGGUGAACAAGGCUGUGGCGGACUCCUUCGUGACUGGGCUGAUGCUGCCCCAGCUCUUCGUGCUA